UCGUGGUCGACUAGUGGAAGUUGCGCGCAGUGCGUAAAGAACAAGUGUUUUCCCCAAAAUCGAUUGGCCAUGUACUUUGCCUCUCAUCGGUGAAUCCGUUUUAGUGAAAUUUCCUGGUCCAGAGGCGCAACACUUUGGAAACCAGCAAAAUUUUCCUCGUCGCCGACUGAACAAGCUCAGCGCACCACUCGGAGGAGAGGCCCGAAAAAAGCAGGCGAACGAUACUCUCUUUAGGCUGAAGCGGCCGGACUCCUUGGAGGCCCCCGGGAGGGGCACUAGAGUUAGUUGUUGACUUAAAAGUAUCGUAACGGCCGGUGGUGGAUGCUUCUGUGGUCCUGUUAAAAAAAUCUUUGUUAGUAGGCGUUGGUAGGCAUCCAUUCAUACCCGGGCACCCACAGCUGGUGUCUUCGAGCGGAAUAUAGUCGUCUGUAGUCAAAUGCAGCAUUAAAGAAAUCAAGUACUCUCUUCUGUGUAUAACGGAGAGCGAGAGCUGCUGGUAGACAAAAGAAGACUGGACAGCGGAACUGUGAGCAGAGGUAGAGUCAACAUUUAUCAACCCAGGAGCAGCGGGGUGUAGAAAAUAAAGUAAUCCCCAACAAAAGCAUGGUAGACUACUACAAAGUUCUGGAUGUUUCCAGAACGGCCACAGAUGCCGAAAUCAAAAAAGCAUACAAAAAACUAGCCCUACGAUGGCAUCCGGACAAAAAUCCCGACAACCCGGAGGAGUCAAACAAGCGGUUCAAAGAAAUAUCGGAAGCAUACGAAGUACUCUCGGAUGCCUACAAACGAAAUAUCUACGACAACCGGAGCUCGCGGAAGUUUGGCACCGGAGGAACCACCGGUACCGGUGGUUACGGUAGUGCGGGCAGCUUCGGCACCCGACGCAGCAACUACUCUUCGUCCGCCUUUAGCAGCAACCAAGACUAUGGUCGCGGUGGGCGAAAUUACGACCAUCAUCAUCACCGCUUCGGUUCUGCUGGCACUGGUGGUCGGGACCACUGCGGUAGUCGUACGUUUUCGUUUAGAGGAUUUUUUGAGACGACACCGUUUUUCCGCUUCUUUGAAAAGAAACGGCGCGUCUAUGAUCAGUAUGGCAAGGAGGGACUGAUGAACAACGGCGGAUCGGAUCGUUACCAUCAGAGCACACGCCACCGGCGACACAAUGGCAAUGGUGUCGGCAUGGAAGACUUUGAGUUCUUCGGCUUCCCGUUCACAUUCCGCGAUCCGGAGGUGGUCUUCCGAGAGUUCUUUGGUGGAUCCCCGUUCGAUGAGCUGUUCAGAAUCAGCCAACCCGUACAUCACAAUGGGCGGCGAGCAAACGGUACCAGCAAUGGCCAUCAUCAUCACCAACAGCGCCAUUCGCACCCGCAAAACAUCAUCUCAUCCCCGUUCAUGACCCCGUUCAUGAGCAUCAAUCUGAUGGACGAUUUCUUCAACGCCGCCGACCCAAUGGCGCACCGGAGUGGUGUCAGCUCGAUCUCGGAGUUUAGCAUGGGCGGUGGUGGUGGCCCCGUAAAGCGUACGUCUACGUCCACCACCUUCGUCAAUGGCAAGAAGCUGAUGACCAAAAGGGUGUUUGAGAACGGCACGGAGACGAUCAUGUCCUACGAGAACGAUGUCCUAAAAUCAAAGACUGUCAAUGGGGUCGCUCAAGCUAUACCGUACGGCCAUUAGGAAUGCGAACGAAAACAGAAGGAGAAAGACACUCUGAAAGUAAAACCAGCAAAGAGAAAUUAUCCAACGGCGGUGUCCCGGCGGCGUAUAAGAAAGCAUCGCGAAAUGAAAAAAGGAUGAGCACAGGAGAAGGUGAUUCACAAGUAAAAGUAAUUAAUUAUGUUCUUAUAGCUACGCCAAGAUACACACUAGGUUUUUAGCCGAUAAAUAAUAAUGUAGAUUUGAUGAUAAUUUAUGAAUUGUAACCAGCGCUUAAGAACAAGAAGUAAAAGAGAGAGAGCGUAGGACAGAUAAAAGCGAAAGAAAAACAACGAGAUCGACUCACAAGUGGCUGCACGUCUGUAAAUUAAUUAUUACACUGUGAAGAGUGAAGAAACACGAACUAGAUUCGAAAUGGCAGGUGGCAGGAAAAGGGUUCUUUAUAGAACGGAACAGCGAGGAGGAGCAACAGACCGAGGAGACUACAGGGCUGCCGGCAGUAAGUUGGAGAAGAGAGAAACUGAAGAUGAAUGAAACACGUUCGUACUGAUUUGUUCUAAUUCUCGCAUUUUCGUUAGUUGUGUACAAACUUAAGUAAACAUGAAAACAACACACAGGGAAAACGAGAGAUUCUAGCCUAUUAACGAUACCCGCGAGCCGAACGUUUGUUUCCUGUUGAUGACGCUAGAUUGGCUCCAGUGGGUCGAAGAUGUUGAAGAAUACUUUUUUAAGGAACCUGAACCAAUCUGUAGCAGCAGCAGCAGCAAUAGCAGGAGCCGAUCAAAUGAUAAAGGGGUUUUCUUGUUCUGAAAAUUCCCGAUUUUUCUCAUUCCUUUUAACCCUGAUUGGGGAUGAGUGUUGGUCGAGUGUCUGAGAUGAAGAUAAUGCGCUCUCAAACUGAAUUUAUCACCGUUUCUCAACUAAUAGUGGAAUCCCCUGUAGUCGUCGUUUGUAACCAUUAUCAAUAUAAGAUAAGAAGAGUAUAAAAAUGCCAGUUAUCUACCAGAGGCAUAUGUGGUGCGAUCUUCGACAGCGGUAAUUAUUGAAGUUGCGAGCUCAAAACUCUCGAAGGAGCAGCGGAGAACCAUUUUAUUAGCCACAAAACAUCAUCAUCCCUCAUCAAUACGGAGGAGACCGGUUCAGAGGAACAAACCGUUGAUCCACCACGCUAACAAUUGCAUCAAAAACAAAUACGUUACAAGCGAAAGUUGAUAACAAAACGCAAAACAGGAGUAAGGCGGAAACAAAUUUUAUUAAAGUACAAGCAGAAAGCAGCCAUUUGAAAGUGUGCGGAAAUUAAAUAAUCAAACAAACAAUCCAGUUCAACGAUCAACCGAUACACGAGAGCGAUCGAGUAAACUCUACAAGGCGUUGCUGUUAAAAGUGUGCAUAUGAUAAGGAAACGUUUCCAUUAGAGGGCGUGUGUGUUGUGCGCCGGGUCGGCGGUUUGCGUUUGGGUGGCUGUGUUUUGUAUUCUCUCCGCACCGCGAUCGUUGUGUGCGUCUGUCUAACGUUAAUCAGUCAGUAGGUCUCUCUAGAACAAAGAAAAACACUCUAGAGGUCGAAUGUUUAGAUAAGACCAACUGAAGGGUAUCUUAGCGUAUCCCUGUUGUACUGCAGGAUGUUGAAUGUCUGAUCGUGUAAAAGUUCUCCUGAUUGCGCUGAGCAUAGAUUGCGGUCGCGAUUUCUAGCGCGAUCCUUACGACCACAAGCGCGGUUACCUUCUUUAAGGCAUUCCCCCCAACCUGACGUUAGUACGUGUCCCUCGUGAGACUGCCCAUAUCCUCGUUCCCGUGUCUUCUGGUCAGCUGAAUUAGAAAACCACUUUGACUGCCUCUGCCCCCGUUUUCUUUUCGGGCUCGCGAAAAGCGGUGCAGAAUUGUAAAGUAUGUUCAUAUAUGUUUUAUUUUUGGUUUCUUUCGUUGUUUAAAUGUGUUUGUUUCGGUUUUAAGGUUCUCUCGCUAGGAUUUCACUUACUCUUUUAAGUAAACCUACACGUUGCGAGGUCGUCACCACGACUACGUAUAGACCCAGGAAGAAGUAAAAACUAGAUAAUGAAACGAAAGUAGAAAUCAAUUUUUACUACAAACAACCGAGUAAUCAGUCAGUGAGAAAGUUUCCGCGAUGUGCGCUUUCAAGUGCAUGAUAAUGAAUGAGUUUAUGAGAAUUUGGCCUUUCCUUUUACUUUGGUAUCGAUACACGUAGUCGCAAUGGCACUCAAUUAAAGCACCUCCAAAACGGAAAAUAUUGUGAGUUAAGCAGAACUAAACUACACAGCGAACUUAAGUAAUUAGAGUUGAUUGAAUGCAAGCGAAGAAAUGGAAGUUUUAGUGAAUGUUUCCUACUUUCUCCCGAUUUCCUGAUUUCUCCGAACGGAGGACGAUCGAAAGAGAAAGGAACGACGUAAAGUUGUAACGCAAAAAAGCAACACACACUAAUCUUAAUCACCAAGCAGAGAGAAUCUGCGGCAGAACGACGAACGGCUAAACAACGAUAGGCAAAGUGUGCGCGAAUAAGCAGCAUAAA